GGCGAUCUUAAAAUGGCGGCGGGCGGAGGGCGGAGCGGGAGCGGCGGAGCGCGAAGUUCCUCCCAGUGCUGAGAAGACAAGUCGACCGGAAACAUCCCCCGCCCCCCACCCCCCGCUGUCUGCCCGAGCGUUUCGUGCCGCCAGUGAGCGGGCGCGAGGAUGCGCGAGUGACCUCCUGCCCGGCCAGCAGGAGAGAGAAGCCCCCCCUGCUCACGGGGUGGGGGGAGACUUCCCCCCACCUCUCCCGCACUGACCCAGCUGCCAUGGCGGACCCCAUCAUGGACCUGUUUGACGACCCCGGCCUCUUCGCCGAGGGCCUGGACUCGCUGACGGCGGGCUCCAUCGCUGACGACCUGGACCUGGGCGACGGCUUCGAGACCCUGGAGCCGGGGCCUGAGCUCUCCAAGGCACACUCCUUUGACGGGCUGCCCCCCUUCCAGCAGACCCCCUCUGACGGCACCCCCCAGCAGACCCCCUAUGCCAUCUUCCCCGGCCUCAAGUCCCCGGUGCGCACCUUCGACGGCCACAGUCCCCUCUGGGCCCAGCCGCCUCCUGAGGAGUCCAUCACGCAGCCCGCCGCUGCUCAGGAGCCCGAGUACCUAGUCCACCACGACUAUGCCCUGCAGCAGAGCGAGCAGGAGACCCCUGCCCCAGCCCCCUCACCCCCCUCCUCUCCCUCUCCCUCCCCUGCCCAGCCUGCCCUCCACCCCUUCUCCCAGGCCCCAGAGCCCAUCAGUCAGGGCAACCCCUUCAUGGGGGUCCACGAUUCCCAGCAGCAGUCCCCGGCUGCUGUCAAUAAAAGCCUCCCCCCUCCUCCACCUCCUCCUCCUCCUCCCACUCUUCCUGCCCCUCUCCCCUCCCCCUCCCCCUCCUCCACCACCACCACCACCUCCGUGCCUGUCGAGGCCACAGCCCAGGGCCUCGAGACGGCCCAGCCUCAGACCUCGGCCAGCUUCCCCGCCCCAGGCCAGCAGCCCGUCUCGUCCUCUUCGUCCCCGGUGCAGUACAACAUCCGGUACACCCUCCCCGGGCAGUCUGUGCCCAACGGAGGGGUGGUCAUCCCCCAGGGCACCGUGCUGGCCAGCAGCCAGGCGGUGUCGUACCUCCCCGGCAGCACCAUCUUCACCACGGCCACCGGCGUCAGCCAGCCCCAGGAGAGCCAGUCCAACGGGACGCCCCUCGGACAGGUGCUCCUGCAGCCUGUCACGGCACAGCAGAGUGCGGCCAGCUUCACCACCGCCACCCUCACCUCGGUCAAGCCCAACGUCACCAUCGCGCCCUCGCCGGUCUCUCAGGGCGACCCGAAGCGGAUCACGCUGGUGUUGCAGCAGCCGCCCGGAUCGGCCCAGCCGGGCCAGCGACAUGUCAUGAUGCGGACCCUCCCGGGCAAGAUCCUGAUCCAGGGCCAGCAGCUGACGGCUCUGGCCCACGGGCAGGCGGCCAAGGGCCAGGCCGGCAAGGUGGUGACCAUCCAGCUGCAGCUGCAGAACCCGCAGCAGAAGCUGCAGCCCUGCCAGAUGUUCCUGCAGCAGCCGGUGGCUGUGGCUACCACCGCUGCCACGCAGCCGCAGCCCCAGGCAGUUCGCCAGCAGCCGCAGGGCCAGAGGCUGACUGUCCCUCUGCAGGUCUCCCUGCAGCAGCCGGUGCAGCCCCAGGUCUCGGUGCCCACGGUGUCGGUGGUGACGGCCCAGGUGACCGGGGUGGUGAACGAGCAGCAACGCAAGCUGGAGCACCAGAAGAAGCAGGAGAAAGCCAACCGCAUCGUGGCGGAGGCCAUCGCCCGGGCCAAGGCCCGUGGGGAGCAGAACAUCCCGCGGGUGCUGGCCCAUGGAGAACUGAGUGGCAAGGCCCUGGGCUCCGAGGCCGAGGACAAGAAGAGGAAGAAGAAGGCAGCCUCCCGCCCCAAGGAAGCCGACGGCAAGAAGUCCAGGUCCUCCUCUUCCUCCAAAGCCGGCUCCUCCUCGUCCGCCAAGGGCAAGGGCAAGUCCAAGCUCAGCACCAUCACGCCCGUGAUUGGCAAGAAGCGGAAAAAGACCGGAUCGUCGGAGGAGAACUCGGACGUGGAGCGCUCACCGGCGCAGUCCUCGAAGGACGACGAGGAGACUGCCACUCAGAAGCGGCGUUCCAACAGGCAGGUGAAGAGGAAGAAGUACACAGAAGACCUGGACCUGAAGAUCACGGACGACGAGGACGAGGAGGUGGACGUGAUGGGCCCGGUGAAGAUGCCGCCCAUCAUAGAUGUGGACACCAGCCUGCAGACCAUGCAGCUGUUUGUGGAAAACCCCAGUGAGGAAGACGCUGCCAUCGUGGAUAAGAUCCUCUCGUUCAGAGUGGCAAAGAAAGAGGUGUAUGCGGGCCAGUAUGUGGAGGUGGAGGAGUUCUACGUCAAGUACAAGAACUACUCUUACCUGCACUGUGAGUGGGCCAACCUGCAGCAGCUGGAGAAGGACAAGCGGAUUCACCAGAAGAUCAAACGCUUCAAGGCCAAGAUGGCUCAGAUGAGGCACAUCUUCCACGAGGAUGAGGACCCCUUCAACCCAGACUACAUCGAGGUCGAUCGCCUGCUGGAGGAGUCGCACAGCGUGGACAAGGAUAAUGGGGAGCCAGUGGUCUACUACCUGGUGAAGUGGUGCUCCCUACCCUACGAGGACAGCACCUGGGAGCUGAAGGAGGACGUGGACGAGGCCAAGAUCGAGGAGUUCGAGCGGCUGCAGGCACGGAAGCCCAGGCUGGCCCAUGUGGAGCGCCCACCAGCCAAGGCGUGGAAGAAGCUGGACCUGUUCCGGGAGUACAAGAACAACAACCAGCUCCGCGAGUACCAGCUCGAGGGCGUCAACUGGCUGCUCUUCAACUGGUACAACAGACAGAACUGCAUCCUGGCUGACGAGAUGGGCCUGGGGAAGACCAUCCAGUCCAUCACGUUCCUGGAGGAGGUGUACUCCGCCGGGAUCCAGGGCCCCUUCCUGGUCAUCGCCCCCCUCUCCACCAUCACCAACUGGGAGAGGGAGUUCAGCACCUGGACAGACAUGAACGCCAUCGUCUACCACGGCAGCCUGGUGAGCCGGCAGAUGAUCCAGCAGUACGAGAUGUACUUCCGUGACUCCAAGGGCCACUUCAUCCCGGGGGCUUACCGCUUCGACGCACUGAUCACCACCUUCGAGAUGAUCCUGUCGGACUGCCCGGAGCUGCGGGAGAUCGCCUGGCGCUGUGUGAUCAUCGACGAGGCUCACAGGCUCAAGAACCGUAACUGCAAGCUGCUGGAGGGCCUGAAGCUGAUGGAGCUGGAGCACAAGGUCCUCCUGACCGGGACGCCCCUGCAGAACACAGUGGAGGAGCUCUUCAGCCUGCUGAACUUUCUGGAGCCCUCGCAGUUCCCGCUGGAGUCGGCCUUCCUGCAGGAGUUCGGGGACCUGAAGACAGAGGAGCAGGUGCAGAAGCUCCAGGCCCUGCUCAAGCCCAUGAUGUUGCGGCGCCUGAAGGAAGACGUGGAGAAGAACCUGGCGCCCAAGGAGGAGACCAUCAUCGAGGUGGAGCUGACCAACAUCCAGAAGAAGUACUACCGGGCCAUCCUGGAGCGCAACUUCACCUUCCUGGCCAAGGGCGCGGGCCAGGCCAACGUGCCCAACCUUCUCAACACCAUGAUGGAACUGCGCAAGUGUUGCAACCACCCCUACCUCAUCAACGGAGCGGAGGAGAAGAUCCUGGGUGAGUUCCGGGAGAUCCACGAUCCCACGGCGCUGGAUUUCCACCUGCAGGCCAUGAUCCAGUCGGCGGGGAAGCUGGUGCUGAUCGACAAGCUGCUGCCCAAGCUGAAGGCCGGCGGCCACAAGGUGCUCAUCUUCUCCCAGAUGGUGCGCUGCCUCGACAUCCUCGAGGACUACCUCAUCCAGAAGAGGUACCUGUACGAGCGGAUCGACGGGCGGGUGAGGGGGAACCUGCGGCAGGCCGCCAUCGACCGGUUCAGCAAGCCAGACUCGGACCGCUUCGUGUUCCUGCUGUGCACGCGGGCAGGCGGUCUGGGCAUCAACCUGACCGCUGCCGACACCUGCAUCAUCUUUGACUCCGACUGGAACCCCCAGAACGACCUGCAGGCCCAGGCUCGCUGUCAUCGGAUUGGACAGAGCAAGGCGGUGAAGGUGUACCGCCUCAUCACCCGUAACUCCUACGAGAGGGAGAUGUUCGACAAGGCCAGCCUGAAGCUGGGCCUGGACAAGGCAGUGCUGCAGUCAAUGAGUGGCCGAGAGAACAACGUCAAUGGGAUCCAGCAGUUCUCCAAGAAGGAGAUCGAGGACCUCCUGCGCAAGGGUGCGUAUGGCGCCAUCAUGGACGAGGAGGACGAGGGCUCCAAGUUCUGUGAGGAGGACAUUGACCAGAUCCUGUCGCGUAGGACCACCACCAUCACCAUCGAGACGGAGGGCAAGGGCUCCACGUUCGCCAAGGCCAGCUUCGUGGCCACCGGGAACAGGACGGACAUCUCCUUGGACGACCCCAACUUCUGGCAGAAGUGGGCCAAGAAGGCCGACAUCGACCUGGACAUGGUCAACCGCAGGAACAACCUGGUGAUCGACACUCCGCGCGUCCGCAAGCAGACCCGGCCCUUCAACACCACCAAGGACGACGACGUGGAGUUCUCGGAGAUGGACAGUGACAGCGAUGAGCGCCCUAAGUCCCGCAGGUCCCAUGAGCGCCGGCACGGUUACGGGCGCACCGAGUGCUUCAGGGUGGAGAAGAACCUGCUGGUCUAUGGCUGGGGUCGGUGGAAGGACAUCCUGGCCCAUGGGCGUUUCAAACGGCGGAUGAUGGAGAGAGACGUGGAGGUGAUCUGCCGCACCAUCCUGGUCUACUGCCUGCUGCACUACCGCGGGGACGAGAAGAUCAAGGGCUUCAUCUGGGACCUCAUCACGCCCACCGAGAACGGACAGACCAAGGAGCUGCAGAACCACUCCGGGCUGUCGGCCCCUGUUCCCCGGGGUCGGAAGGGGAAGAAGGUCAAGAGCCAGAGCAGCUCGUUCGAUGUGCAGAAGGCUGACUGGAUCCGCAAGUGUAACCCCGAUAUCCUCCUCCAGGACGACAGCUACAAGAAGCAUCUCAAACACCACUGCAACAAGGUGCUGCUCAGGGUCCGAAUGCUCUACUACCUGAAGCAGGAGGUGAUCGGGGACCAGUCAGACAGGGUGCUGGAUGGAGCGGACACCAAUGACAUCGAUGUGUGGAUCCCAGAGGUGGACGGGAUGGAGGUCCCUGCUGAGUGGUGGGACGUGGAGGCAGACAAAUCGCUGCUGAUCGGGGUCUUCAAACACGGUUACGAGAAGUACAACACCAUGCGAGCUGACCCUGCCCUCUGCUUCCUGGAGCAGGUGGGGCGCCCAGAUGAGAAAGCCAUCGCUGCGGAGCAGAGGGGGACCGACAUGUUUGGCGACCUCGGUGACGGCGGAGACUUCGACAGGGACUUGGAGGAUCCGGAGUACAAGCCCAUCAUUCUGGGGAGGGAGCAUCGCGAGGACGACGCUGACGGGAUGGCGAUGGACGAAGAUAUCUCGGUGGAUGGGGACGAUGGGGAGACACGCAAAGAUGUCUUAAUGGGAGCAGGCUUCCACAGCCAGUGCCGUUACUGGCCCACGCCCUCGGUGCUGACGGCGCGGCUGCGGCGCCUGGUGACCGCCUACCAGCGCAGCUACAAGCAGGAGCAGCAGAAGAUGGAGGCGGCUGAGAAGGGCGACCGCAAGAGGCGGCGCUGUGAGGCGGCCUUCAAGCUGAAAGAAAUCGCAAGGCGAGAAAGGCAGCAAAAGUGGACAGGCAGGGAGGAGUCGGACUUCUACCGGGUGGUGUCCACCUUCGGUGUGGAGUUCGACCCCCACACCCGGCGCUACCAGUGGGACCGCUUCCGCGCCAUCGCCCACCUGGAGAGGAAGACGGACGAGACCCUCACCCGGUACCUGCAGAUGUUCAUGGCCAUGUGUCGCAGGGUGUGUGGGCUGCCCCUCGAGGAGGGGGAAGAGUACCCGGACAUGAGCCUGCUGGUGAAGCAGGUGACAGAGGAGCGCGCAACCCGCACCCUGUACCGCAUCGAGCUGCUACGCCGGGUGCGGGAGGAGGUGCUGUGCCACCCCCAGCUGCAGGAGCACCUGCGGCUGUGCCAGCCCUCGCCCGAGCUGCCCGACUGGUGGGAGUGUGGCCGGCACGACCUGGAGCUGCUGCAGGGGGUGGCCAGGCACGGCCUCAGCCGCACCGACGCCCACCUGCUGACCGAUCCCCGCCUCUCCUUCCGCGCCUGCCGCCGGUCCCAGCAGCCCGGCUCCCGCUGCUCUACCCCCUCCCACCCCCCCUCGCCCCUGCGCCCGCCCCCCGCCUGCUGCUCGGGGGCGGGGGCCGAGGGCCGGGGCGACUGCAGCCCCUUCCGGCCCGGCUCCCUCUUUGGGAAGGGGCCGGCCGGUCCCGGAGACUGGGAGCGGGAGUCCGACUCCGAGCUGGACAAGUCCUCCCUGGCCGACUCCUGCCCCAGCUCCUCCGAGGAGAGCGAUGGAGACAAAGACCCGGACGACAAGCCCUGCUCCGAGGCUCCGUCACACUCGAAGACCUACGACGAGGAGAGCAUGAUCUCAGUCAACACCUCCAGAGACGAGACGCUGGACUGUUUCCUCAAUGAUGAGCUGGAGACCGGCCUGGGUGACCUCCUGCAGGACAAGCAGCAGCUCCCGGCGCCCGGCUGGCCCAAGGACCGAGUGCUGAUCAACCGCAUCGACAUGGUGUGCCACACGGUGCUGACUGGCUGCUGGCCCACCCCGCGGAGGGCACAGUGCGAGCCCGCCGUGCGCCUGCCGGCCUGCCCUGACACCCCCUCGCUGAUGGAGAGCCCUGGGGAAUCCCCGGUGCCCACGCCAGGCAGCCUGACCAUCGACGAGGACACCGCCUCCGCCCAGUUCACCAAGGUGAAGAAACACAUCCGCGAGAAGGAGUUCACGGUCAAAAUUAACAAUGAGGACGGUCUGAAGCUGACCUUCCACAAGCAGCACCGGAGGCGUCGCCGGCGGCUGGAUAUGGGGGACGAGGGGUCCCGGGGGCGCCCGCUGGCUCCUGGCCUGCGCGACAGCCAGUCGGCCUCGGACAGCGGCCCAGAGACGGGGGCAGAGUGUCCCCGCACCGCCCCCCUUACCCCCUCUGCCCUGCUGGACCACGGCUUCCCCCUGAAGGGGCCGGGGGAGCGGGAGGGGGGCAGCCCCAACCCCCACACCAUCCGCUGCCAGCUGGACGCGGUGCUGAGCGCUGGCAACAGCCCCCUCUGGAGGCACUCGGUCAACGGGCAGCUGGCCGGCGCGCACAACCUCGGCAAGAAACGGCGGGGCCGGCAGAAGAAUGUGGACCGGAUCGAGCUGAUGCAGCAGAGUCCGGGCCAGGGGCUGUGUACCGCGAACGGGGAGGGGGAGCGGACUCUGGAGGACCCCCAGCCCCGCCGGGCGGAGCUGGACAUGGACACGAGGAUCCCUGUGGUCAGUAAGCUGGACGGCACGGUGCUGGCAGGCGACGAAGCCCCCCGGCGCCGCGAGCUCGACCACUGGCUCAAGCUGCACCCGGACUUCGCUGUCGACCCCAGCUGCCUGGCGUUCGUGGAGGACAGGCCAAAGCAGAAGCGACAUCGCUGCCGAAAUCCCCACAAGCUGGAUGUCAACGCGCUGACUGGAGACGAGAGGGUCCCCGUCAUCAACCGGCGGAACGGCAAGAAGCUGGGAGGGGGAUUCGCUCCACCGAUCAGAGAUCUUCAGAAAUGGCUGCAGGAAAACACUGAAUACGGAGUCGCGCAGGAGUGGGCCGACGUCAUCAAACAGUCGGGCUACCUCGCCGAGGACAUGUUCGACCGUAUCCUGACGGGCCCGGUGGUGCCAGAGGAGGGCCGGAAGAGGGGCCGGAGACCCAAGCACCUGGCGGCGGCCAUGCAGGUGAACUCGCUGCUGGCCAGCGGCGUGCUGGAUGCGGGAAGCUUGCAGAGCCUGCAGAAGAACCUGCACUCCCUGCAGCUGGCUGGGCUGAUGGGUUACCCGGGGGCGGGGCAGGCCGGUGAUCCGGGGUCGGGCCUGCCCCUGGGCCCUAGUGCGGCCCCUGCUGCUGCCGAGAGCCAGGCCGGGCCCCAGGAGCCCUCCCCGGGCAGCGCCCUGACUCUCAGUCCCCUGGUGCUGUCGGGGAUGUACGGCGGGGGGAUGUACCUACCCCAGGGCUUCGGGGUGGGCGUGCCCGAGCUGACUUUGGGCGGCCUGGAGCAGGCCAAGACUCUGGGGGCGCGCGGGAGCCCGUUCCCGGCCGGGGGACACCCGGCGGAGGCGGCCGACGAUCUCUCUCAGGGUUACGACAGCACCGACGACAAGACCGACUUCUGCCACUCCCUCAUCGACGACCCCAUGAUGCCCACCAACUCUGACCUGAGCGGCGAUGACUGAGGCUGGCUGGCAUGUGGGCUGGGGGCUCCCCCCUUCCUCUCCUCUCCUCCCCUCCCCUCUCCCCCCUCAUUCCUCCAACCCCCAGGACCGGGGCAGGAGCAGGAGACGCGCCUGGGUUCGGUGCUCUCUUGAGGCCGGGGUUGGACUCAAAGGGGGGGUCCCUCCCUUCCUCCCUCUCUCUUGGAGCUGGGAGCAGUGCCAAGCCAGUGAUCCGCCCUGUUCCUGGGGUGGGGGACGGGCGGUGUCUGAAUUCAGGGAGUGCUGCAGGGACCAGGGCAGGGAGACCCCAGACCAUCCCACCUUCGCCUGAACCCCAGACAUGUUCCUCUGACCCCCACAGUCAGCAGCAUCACGGGACUCUACCCUCUGGGGACUGGUGUCUCUCUCUCUCACUCUCUGUCUGUCUGUGUC